GAAAAUUGAAACGUGAAAUCACAUCAAACUAACCCUAGAUUUUCUCGGUGACGAACAGAUAUUUGGAAAUUUGACCCUUUGAACAAAAAUGGAGAAACAAAAUUCUGAUUUUUGAAAUCAAAGAAUAGAUGGAUUUGGGCUUGAUGGUUUCACACAGUUGCCCUCAUGGAUUGGGGGCUGUUUUCAAUCCUGAACAUCCGUCCACCAGGCUGCCGAAGGAGUUGCACCGUUUUCUCCAAUAUCGCAGUCCAAAUCAAGACCUUGUAAAUUCUAAGUCCUUCAGUUUAUGCCCGCAGCAGAAGGAUGAAUUGAAAUUAUCAGGUGGACUAUUGGACUGUAACGACUCAGCCUUGAAAAACUCUAUAAGGUCAACACUCAUUGAUGUUCAAGAUGUUCAUCCAGAGUCACUACUCUUGGGCUUCGGAAUUGCUGAACAAUGCACAAGACAUGAGAAAAUAUUGGAGUUACUUGCAUCGGGGUCAAUUGAAGUAGAGAAUGGUUUACUAGAUCUGUCCAUGCUCUAUGAUAUGAUGGGGCCUCGAAACCUCAUAACUGAUUCAGCUCAGCAACCAUUGACAUCUUGUGGUGAACGGUGUCUUUGUGCUGCUGAGUCUCUUGUUUACCCAUCAAGAGAACUGUACAUGAAGGAACCAGUAUUGAAUGUAGUUGGAGACAGGAGCAGUUGUAGAGAGCAUACAUUGCAGCAUAUGGGGGAGGAUAUGACUCAUGUGGUUCCUGUCAUUUCUCACCUUCAUUUCUCGAAGAACACAGUUACGUCUAGACGAAGAGCAAUGCUGGUCCCUUAUUUUGAAUGGCGGAGAAGAGGGCGUUCUAAUAUGGAUCCAUCAAAGCUUGCAACAGAGAAAGUUGAACCGCUCAAUAGUCAUGUAAAAGAGAAGGUGAAGACCUCACAGAAGAGAAAGGCAAGUCCCAAAACGAUGAAGGAGAGAGACAUCUCAUGCAACAGCUACCUUUACGCGUGUGAAAGUCUGCUCUCCAUAAUUGUCAACAGGAAGCAGCAGGGCAGGAAUGAAAUCGCCUCGUUGAAGAAAUCUGGUCCUCAGCUCAAUGAUCUUCUGACCGGUUUUUCUGCCAGCAUUGCUGGAACUGGUGUUGCUGUUGUCCUAGGUGUUGUCUGCAGAGUUUUGUGCAACCAGGUGCCAUUCUGCACGUCAAAACUUUUGAGCACCGGAUUCGGUUUAGGGCUGGUUUGGCUUUCUUCAGCUGUGAAUAGAUUAAGGAACACGGUUAUCUCUAUCAGCAAAUCUUCUGGGAAGUUGGGUGCUCACGAAGAGGAAAUGAUGGAUCGACUGGAUAGAAAUUUGAAGGAUGUUUGGUUCCGAGUAGCUGCAGUGAUGACGGUUGCAGUGCUGCAGUUGGCCUGAUCAGGAAAGGCUCUGUAUAUUGCUUUGAUGGACUUAUGCGUGUACUAAUAGCUUGAACUUGAAUUGGUUGACAAUAUAUAUCGAGAAACGCUAGCCUUUCCUUGUGUA